AUGUGCCACUUUCAGGUCUCCUCACACUGCUGGUGUGUUCCAUUUUGUCAUAGAGUGCUGGCAGAUUACGGGCCUCCCAUUGCUGCUGCCAGGCCCCUAAUCUGCCAUGGGCCCCUGUACUGCCUCCUCAUGCUGCUGCCAGGUCCACAGUGUCUCAUGGGUCCCUGUACGGCCUCCCAUUGCUGCUGUCUCCAUCGCCACACUCUGCCAUGUGCCACUUUCAGGUCCCCUCACACUGCUGGUGGGUUCCAUUUUGUCAUAGGGUGCUGUAUGGCCUCCCAUUGCUGCUGCCUCCACCGCCACACUGUGGCUCCACACUCUGGUUUUGGCCCCGUGACUGCCCAAAUGAGUGACGUGUGCGGUGAUUCUAAGAUCGACGGCACUCAUCUGCAUGUCAUACUG